GCAAGUUGAAUGAGACUUAUUAUUUGUAAGUAAAAAAGUAAAAAUUCUUAUUAAAAAAGUAAUUUUUUUAAUUCUUAUUAAAAGUUAUUAUUUUAGUGUAUCACAACAGUAGUUCCUCUUCAGGAACUCGAGCUGCGCAGCGUCUCGGUCCCUCGAGGAACUGUGGUUACAUACGAAACCUAAGACGUUUUUUUGUUUUGUUUUUUGUUUUGUGCAAAGGCGUUAUUGAAAUACAGUUUAUCAUACAUCCUUUGUCCAUUAGGAGGCAGCAGUGUUCCAUACAUGAACUGAGACAAAUUUUAGUUUUAAUUAGGUAUAGAUAUCAUUCAAAACAGAACUAACCCUAUUUAUAAAUAAAAUCUAAAUAAGAAUAGAGAAAUCAUACUUUAUUAUUAAAAAUAAACAUCUAAGCUAAUUGAAUAAACAAGUAUGCGAGUGAAGUGAGUUGUUUUGAGGGAGGUAUGGAUCACUGGAGUGACAGGGAUCCAGAAUGAGGAAGUGUGACUUUGUCAAAUCCCUGUUGGAUCAGUGUGUUCCUGCUGCCAGUAAAGACAAGAUGAUGACAGGUGAUCUAGGAUCAUAUAACUGAGGUCAAAGGUAAUUGGACAUUCCCUUUAAUUCUUUUUAGCAAACUUAGAGAAUGUGGCUGUUUAUAGAUAUUAGUUUAUGAAAACAGAUGAUCACACAGAUGAUGUACAAUAUCAGUGCAUGAAUAUUCAUUUGAAAGAUCUCUGUGCUUAAGGUAGCCUACAUUUUAUACUGUUUUUAGUAUUACUCUUUAAUAUUUCUACUUUUUUGGCAUUACUUUUCACCCGCUACUGUUUCUCCUUGCAUUUUUAAAUUAGUAAUACUAACAUUGUAGUAACACCUGUCUGUGUUACCAUGAAAGAGAGGUGUGACUUGUACAAGUACUCACCUGUGUAAUCAUCGUGUUUGUGAGAACUAACUGCUUGCAUUAUAUUCGCUUUCAUACUUUUACUCAUUGGCCCAUCAACAAUCUCAUCGAGAAAAGCAGCUGUUAUUGAUUUCACUUUCCUUCAGUUCUUACAUUUCAGUCAUUACAGAAACUUUAUGAAGAGUGAUGGCUCCUGUUGAGGAGGGCCAGGUCAGCUGGUUAUCAGGUUGUUCUUCCUCCCUUCAGAUUAGCAUUGUGUCAGCCCUCUUCAUCAUCAUUUAUGUGACAGUCUACAGCCUUUGUACAAGCUGUUUCAGUAUAUCUGACAGUGUUUCACCCAGGCAUUUGUACAGACGAGAAAGAAAAAAUAUUCCAUCUGCACCUCAACAAAACAAACUACCUGAGUCCCAGAGUGUUGAAUAUAUGCCAGAUGCCAAGGAUCUAACUGAUCAUAUAUACUCACUCGUGGAGGCUCAACUGAAUGAGGAAAAUCCUUAUGAGUGCAUUAGUGAGCCUCCAUUACAGCCUCCAUCUGACAAAGCUGAAGGGGUGAAUGAGAGCCCUUCCCCAACAAUGACAAAGCCUGAUGAUAAUCACUUUGUCUCAGCCCUCAACAAACCAGUAAACAAGCAGGCAGUGGAGCAGCCUCAUGCUUUACCUCAACAUCUGACCGACUCAGAACAGACUGCUGUCUAUGCUGCAGUGAACUGGAAAACCAAGAGUCAGAAGAACGUAGCACCUCUGUUUCAAAUGGAUACUGUGGUUGAUAUGAGUGAUAUUGCUAAGGAGGCUGUCCCUCCUAUUCCAGACAAACAUUUCUAGUAUGGCAGAAAGCCAACAUUUUAAUUUAAAAUACAUUAUUUGUAUUUAUUCACAUUUUGCAAGCCUUAAAAACAUACUUUAAACAUAUUUUUGUAUUUAUUUGCUUUUUAUCAUGUGAACUAAUAAAUAUGUCCAUUCAUUGCCAUAACUUCAUGUAAAACUAUAAAGGAAGCCAACCAUGUCUGGGUUAUUGUAGGUCAGUGUGAGUCACAUGACACAGUGCCUCGAGCCAAUACCCAGACUGGAUUCAGAGACCGAAACCCAACAUGCUUGUGCUGUCCAGACCUAAAAUCCCCUUUGGAGGAUGAAGUCCGUCGGGCACGGCCGCCGACAGAAGAAAGCUUAUAAUCCCCAGACAUCAUUACAUGAUGAACGCUCUCUUCUAAAUGUCUGUUUGCAAAUACACAAUGCUGAAUAUUUAGUAAAUAGACCAAAUGAUGUAGGUGAAAGGUGACAAGUCAGUGGACUGCUCUGGAAACUGCAGAAUGCUGUCAAAACUGAACAAUUAACUUAGAAUGACUUAAAAUAACCAGUUUGUCUGUCUAUUCACACACAUAUAUUGAUAAAAAAUUUAAUAAAUAUUAUUGUGGAGUACUUUUUAUCAUGUAUAUUAUAUUGGAAAUAAAAGCAAUA